CCGCCUUUUUCCUUACUAGCGUAUUACUGUAGUAGGAUUUCUCAGUUUCCUAGUACCUGUUUGCUUCAGGAAGGUCACUGGGUUUGUUUUAACAGUGACUGGCAUGGUUUCGUGUCUGUGGGUAUAGAUGGCGGAGUACAAUCAGACUGGCCUUAUGGUCGCCUUGGUUUUGUUUACAGUUUUGACCGUGCGGGAUAUCUAUUUGGGCAAAACAACAGUUCAACUGCAAGAGGCCAAAGACAGCAGGGGCCUAAAGCCGGAAAAGGAAAAGCAAGAGGAGAAAGAACCACACAUUGCAGCUAAGCAGAGACUGUACUCCGGUCCUGUCCUUAAAUUUCAGUAUUGUAUAUCUUGAGGAUACAGCAGGGUGUUCGAGGAAUAUUCGCGGACUAUCAGCCAGUUGUACCCGGACAUCCGUAUUGAAGGAGAAAAUUAUCCCCCAAAACCUACAAACAGAUUUUUGGCAUCAUGCAUUUUUUAUCUUAAACUACUGUCAAUUGCAUUAGUUAUCAGUGGAUACAAUCCUUUUCCUAUGUUUGGAAUUGAGACACCAAGGAUAUGGAUCUGGACCCAAGAAAAUAAGAUUUUUUCCUGUCUAAUGACGUUUUUCCUUAGCAACAUGAUUGAGACUCAGUUACUGUCAACUGGUGCAUUUGAAAUCUUUUUGAAUGAUGUCCCAAUCUGGUCAAAACUUCAGAGUGGAUACGUACCUAAUAUUCAAGAAGUUUUCCAAAUUCUAGACAAUCAUCUGAAGAUGACUCAAGUAGAGAAGUCUUACCUUUCCACUCCUUAAUUCUUUCCUUCGAUGGAAAUAAACAAUUCAAAGAGCUUUAUGUUCCUGUGACAGUAAAGUUGUCUUGUGGUUUUAUGAAGGCUUGCUCUGAAAACAGAAUGCUGUGAGUGCAGGCUGGAGGUCUUUACCACUUGACAGAAUUCAUCAGCUCAACAGGACUUUUGUUAGUAACCUCUGUUACUGAAAUUUGCUGCUCUGUCUGGUACUUUUGCCCCCAUGUAAACACAGAAAUGUAGUGUCUACAUUUUGUAUUGUAUAGAUUGAACUCCUUGUGUAAUUUUAAUCGUUACUAAAAUUUUCACAAUUUCCGCUUUUUACUUGUGUGUGUGUGCAUAUAUAUUUGAGUUAAAUGAACGUGGGACUGCAUAUAUCAUUAAUAAAUUAAGUUUACAUGUAGUGUGUGUGUGUUACGCUAGAAUGAGUUGAAAUGGAGAAUUUACUUUUGGAUCAUUUUGAUCAAAUUUUUGGAUCAUACUUAAUACUGUUGCAAGUGAGAGAACCCUUUUUUGUUAAAUAAUUAAGUGUUUAAGUGCAGGUUUUAUCUCCAUAAAGAAAUACCUAAGAAAGAUCACUAAACAGAAGAUUGCAUAUUAUUGAAUGUUGUUAUUUAUAAUAUUCAGAAAAAUAAACCAGAACUGAACACUCCACAA